AUUUCCCAGACACCUGCCAGCUUCCCCUCGGCUCCCUGGGAUCUCACCGGUGCCCCACGGCAGAGAUAACCAGGCAUGUCGGACUCUGAAGAGGUCGCCGAAGAAUAUGAGCAGGAGCAGGAAGAGGAGUACGUGGAAGAAGGUCAGGAAGAACAGGUAGAGGAGGCAGAGGAGGAGACCGAAGAAACCAAGGCAGAAGGUGGAGAGGGGGACCGAGAGCAGGAGUCUGGGGAAGGUGAAUUGAAGCCAAAGCCCAAGGUCUUCAUGCCAAACCUGGUGCCUCCCAAAAUCCCAGAUGGCGAGAGACUGGAUUUUGAUGACAUCCACCGCAAGCGCAUGGAGAAGGACCUGAAUGAACUGCAGGCUCUCAUCGAAGCCCACUUUGAGAGCAGGAAGAAGGAGGAAGAGGAGCUCAUCUCCCUCAAGGACAGGAUUGAACAGCGGCGAGCGGAGAGGGCAGAGCAGCAGCGGAUUCGCAGUGAGAGGGAGAAGGAGCGCCAAGCCCGCAUGGCCGAAGAAAGAGCUCGCAAAGAGGAAGAGGAGGCCCGGAAGAAGGCUGAGGAGGAAGCACGGAAGAAGAAAGCUUUCUCCAACAUGCUGCACUUUGGAGGCUACAUGCAGAAGUCAGAGAAAAAGGGUGGGAAGAAGCAAACAGAGCGGGAAAAGAAGAAGAAGAUCCUCAGCGAACGGCGGAAGCCUCUGAACAUCGACCACCUCAACGAAGACAAGCUGAGGGACAAGGCCAAGGAGCUAUGGCAAACCAUCCAUGAUCUGGAGGCUGAGAAAUUUGACCUGCAGGAAAAGUUCAAGCGGCAGAAAUACGAGAUCAAUGUCCUCCGAAACCGCGUUAGUGACCACCAGAAAGUCAAAGGGUCAAAGGCUGCCCGUGGGAAGACCAUGGUGGGCGGCCGGUGGAAAUAGAUGACUCAGAAGGCAAAGGAGGCUCAGCCACAGAGAGGUGUAUUGCCUUUUGGCCGACCAGCUGGCUUCCCCACGUCGUGGAGCCUGCACCGCGCGCCCACCUGCCCUCCCACUGCACAGAGCUUGCAAAGACCUUGCUGCAGGCACAGCACUGUCUGGGUGGGCAGAUGCUUUGUGAGGUGCCGUUUCCCAGCUCCGCACCUCCAGUUGAUGUUGUGUCUGUAAAUAAAGAGAACGGUGAGGG